GCCGCCCUAUACGUGGCAGAAGCAUGAAUCCUUUUUCUACUGUCAGCCAUUUUAGCUUACGGGACAUUUCGGCAGUGUUGGUUUUUAUAUGUUUUAUCGUUUAUCGAGUUGAUUAAAUAAUCAUUUUUUUAGUGAAACGUAAAUAAAGAAAAAAAUCAAUCAGCAAAAUGGGCAAUAUGUUUGCUACGUUGUUUAAAGGCCUUUUUGGCAAAAAAGAGAUGAGAAUUUUGAUGGUCGGUCUUGAUGCUGCUGGUAAAACAACAAUUCUGUACAAAUUAAAAUUAGGUGAAAUCGUAACGACAAUUCCUACAAUAGGUUUCAAUGUAGAGACUGUUGAGUAUAAAAAUAUUAGCUUCACUGUAUGGGAUGUUGGUGGUCAAGAUAAAAUUAGACCAUUAUGGAGACAUUAUUUCCAAAAUACACAAGGUUUAAUAUUUGUUGUUGACAGUAACGACAGAGAACGUAUUGGUGAAGCACGUGAAGAACUCAUGAGAAUGCUUGCUGAAGAUGAACUCAGAGAUGCAGUACUUCUUAUAUUUGCCAAUAAACAGGAUUUGCCAAAUGCCAUGAAUGCAGCUGAAAUAACUGAUAAAUUGGGACUUCAUUCUUUACGCAAUCGUAAUUGGUAUAUUCAAGCAACUUGUGCCACGAGUGGUGAUGGACUUUAUGAAGGUCUUGACUGGCUUUCAAAUCAACUAAAAAAUGCUAAUCGUUAAAUCUUCAUCAUCAUCAUUAAUAUCAAGUUUGCUACAUAUUAAAUGAAAUAUUAAAAUGAUAAUAAAAAUAAAAAAAAAAAAAAAAAGAAAAUACAACAAAAAAAAUACAAAUAAUAAUAAUAAAAUAUAAACAUCAACAUCAUCUUCAUCAUCAUCAACAUCAAAAAAAAAAAAAAAAACUAAAAGCAAACAAUAAAACUCUUUGAUAACAAUAAUAAAUCGAUUAAAAAAAAAAACAAAAAGAAAGAAAUAUUUAAAAAAACGAAAUCAAGUUGAAACAAAAAAAAAUUUAAAAACAAAAAAAGAACACGCAUAUUGCACAUUAUCAUUGCCUCGUGGAAAGUACAAAUAAUGUACAUUUUAAAAACUAAUAAUAUUUAAAUUUAAUAAUUGUUUUUACAUCCACGAGCAAGGGGGGUAAGACACAAUCAAUAUCUACCAUUAUUUUGUUUUUUUUUUCUUUUUUUUUUUUGUCAAGGUAGAUAUAUAAUUUUUAUCGAAAAAAAAAAUAUAUAUAUAAAUAAUUAUUAAUAUUAAAUAAAACAAAACAAAUUACAGCCGGAUAUGCACACGUUAAAAAGCAGGUCAUUUCGGAGGCACUUGCUACUGUGUAGCCGGCUCUUAGAGUUUCAUUUUAUUGUAUUUUUUUUUUUUUUUUUUUUAAAUCUUUUUUAUAAUGUCACACACGGACUGACGGUCACACCACACACACAAUAAAUGAAAUUAAAUUAAAAGUGUAUCACGAGGAGUAAUUGCUAAUAUACAAACUUAUCAUUAUUAUUAUUAUUAUUUUAUUAUUAAUUAUUGUAUCGAUAAUUAUUAAUUACAAUUCUAGUUUUUAAGUUAAAAAAAGAAGAAAAAAUUUUUUUACAGCUGAAUAUGCCUUAAUUGGUGUGAAAUAUUUAAGUAAAAAAAUUGAUAAAAAUAGUAAUUGUAUUGAGUCAAUUUUCUUGAAGAUAAAUAAUGAAAAAUUUCAAUUUUAUACGGUUUUUUUUUUUUUUUUUAAAUCAAGCUCUUAUGACUGAUUUGAUACCUCCAGUGUGCUUAAUGAGAAUCAAUGUGUAAUGAACGAGUGUGUUUAAAAAAAAAAAUAUCCCAUGUUUUUAAUAAUAAAGAAGAAUUAAAAUAAAAAAAAAAAAA